AUGGUGCGGGUGCAUGCAGAGCCGUGCUGCCUGUUAGGUGACUACGACAAGGUGAAGGCAGUGUCCGAAGGCUCCGACUGUCGGUGUAAAUGUCUGGUCAGACCCCUGGGCCGCGGCGCCUGCCAGAGGAUUAACGAAGGCUCUUUCAAAGCGGAGGAUUUUUACACGGUGGAAACCAUCACGUCUGGACCCAGCUGCAAGUGCGCGUGUGUGGCACCCCCUUCCGCGCUGAAUCCUUGCGAGGGGGACUUCAGGCUGAAGAAGCUCCGGGAAGCAGAGAGCAGCGACCUCAAGCUGUCCUCCAUCAUCGAGAUGCUGGAAAGUGCAUUUUAUGGCUUAGACCUUCUGAAGCUGCACUCAGUCACAACAAAGCUGGUGGGCCGGGUGGAAAAGCUUGAGGAGAGCGUGUCCAGAAACUUCACAGAGCAGAGCCAUGGUGAGGGAGCAGACGUGGAGAAGCAUCUGCAGGAGCCCCACCACAGGGACAAAGAGAACUGCUCCAGCCUCAUCACCAACAGCCUUGCUGACAUCGAGAGCUCGCUGCAGAGGGACGCGGAGGCUGCCUACGUGCACACGGAGGGAAAAUAUGAAGAAAGAUUCCUGAAAGAUGAAACCAUCUCUCAGCAGAUCAACUCCGUCGAGUCCCUCCCGGAGCUGCACCUUGUUCCAGAGGACGAGAAGUCAAAGCAACUCUUGCAGAGGAAACUGCACAUAAGGAGCCGGCCUCCUUCCAGACCCACCAUCGUCCGAGGUGUCACCUACUACAAGGCCCAGUUCACCGAUUCGGAGAACGACAUCGAGGAACAUCGUGAGUUGGGUUUGGCGCCCGCACCGGGCCCUGCCCCUGCCACGGGCAGCAGCCUGGGAGCUCCAGCAGAGGCGAGCACCUCUCCGAUGCCAGCCAGCCCCACGAUCCCUGCCACCCCCAAGCAGGCCCUGGACGAGGAGGACAUAAGGAACAUCAUCGGGCGCUGCAAGGACACACUUUCCACCAUCUCGGGGCCCACCACGCAGAACACAUAUGGGCGCAAUGAGGGAGCCUGGAUGAAGGACCCCCUGGCCAAGGAGGAGCGGAUCUACGUCACCAACUACUACUAUGGGAACACGCUGGUGGAGUUCAGGAAUCUGGACAACUUCAAACAAGGGCGCUGGAGCAACUCCUACAAGCUCCCGUACAGCUGGAUCGGCACGGGGCAUGUUGUCUACAAUGGGUCCUUCUACUACAACCGGGCCUUCACGCGCAACAUUAUCAAAUACGACCUGAAGCAGCGGUACGUGGCCGCCUGGGCCAUGCUACAUGACGUGGCCUAUGAGGAGUCCACGCCGUGGCGGUGGCGGGGCCACUCAGAUGUGGACUUUGCUGUGGAUGAGAACGGCCUGUGGGUCAUUUACCCGGCCAUCAGCUAUGAGGGCUUCAACCAGGAGGUGAUUGUGCUCAGCAAGCUGAACGCGGCCGACCUCAGCACGCAGAAGGAGACCACGUGGCGGACGGGGCUGCGCAAGAACUUCUACGGGAACUGCUUUGUCAUCUGCGGGGUGCUCUACGCGGUCGACAGCUACAACAAGAGGAACGCCAACAUCUCCUACGCUUUUGACACGCACACCAACACGCAGAUCAUCCCCCGGCUGCUCUUUGAGAACGAGUACGCCUACACCACGCAGAUAGACUAUAACCCCAAGGAUCGCCUUCUCUACGCCUGGGACAACGGGCACCAAGUCACCUACCACGUGAUCUUUGCCUACUGAGACCCCAGCGACAGUGGGAUGCUGUGAGGGGCCACCAGCACCUUUUAUUAUUAUUGUUAUUGUUAUUGUUAUUAUUAUUAUUAUUAUUAUUAUUUUGUACAAAUCAAAGAGUAAAUGAUGGGUUUUGUUCAUUUUGUUUUUUUAAAGGUGGAUCGUAGAUCGAUCCCAAGGCCAGAUUCACCACCUUUC